AUGGCUGACCACACAGCGUCGAAUAAUGGCAGUUCCAAGAAACAAAUCAUCCUCAAUGCAUUCGUCAUGAACACCCCCGGCCAUCUAUCUCCCGGACUCUGGCGCCAUCCCCGAAACAAAACAAACCAGUAUAAGAAACUUUCCUUCUGGACCGAUCUCGCACAGUUGCUCGACCAUGCCGGGUUCCACGCCAUGUUCAUCGCCGACACCCUCGGUCCUUACGAUGUCUACAAGGGACCAGCGAAUGUCGUACCAGCACUAAGCGCAGGCGCUCAGUUCCCAGUCAACGACCCCCUCUAUCUGGUCCCCGCAAUGGCUGCUGUGACGAAGAAUCUGAUUUUUGGCGUAACGGCGAGUCUGACGUAUGAGAAACCAUAUGCACUAGCAAGACGGUUCUCGACGGUCGAUCAUCUUAGCGAGGGCCGAGUAGCGUGGAAUAUCGUCACCUCGUAUCUCGACAGCGCUGCCAGAAACCAUGGUCUCACCGAGCAGAUCCCACACGACGAGCGCUACGCAAUUGCGCACGAGUAUAUGGAAGUGGUGUAUAAGCUGUGGGAAGGCAGCUUUCGCGAUGACGCUGUGCUUGAGGAUAGAGAAUCUGGGACGUAUAUUGCCAGCGACGCAGUGCGACAGAUCCAUCACAAGGGUAAAUACUUCCAAGUUCCAGGCCCGCAUUUCUGCGAACCGUCACCGCAGCGCACCCCAUUCCUGUUCCAAGCGGGUGUUUCAGAAGCUGGGAACGGGUUUGGGGGGAAGCACGGUGAAGCUAUUUUCAUUGGCGGCCAGACUCAUGAGGCGGUGCGUACAACAGUAAAUAACCUUCGCAGCAUCGCGGAGAAGGAAGGUCGGAACCCAAAUCAUCUCAAAGUUAUAUUAGGAAUAGGCGUCAUUGUUGCCGCAACUGACGAGGAAGCCAAGGCGAAACGAGAAGAGUAUCUCCAAUACGCGGAUUUUGAAGGCGCCUAUGCUCUGUUUGGGGGAUGGACGGGGGUUGAUUUGUCCAAGUAUUCUGACGAUGAGAAUUUCCUUGUCACGGACUCGCCGCGCGUUCAAUCGCUGAUUCGGCGAUGGGCGGCUACUGUUCCGGGGACGGAGAAUGAGCCAUGGACAAAGAAGAGGAUUGCGGAAUAUAUAAGUGUCGGCGGGCUGCAGGCGAAGGUGGUUGGCAGUCCGACGACUGUUGCGGAUGAACUCGAACGCUGGGUGGAAGUAACGGAUGUGGAUGGGUUUAAUCUUGCUCACAUCACAAAUCCAGGCUCUUUUGAAGACAUUGCGGAGUUUUUGAUUCCGGAGUUACGGGGCCGUGGGUUGCUGAAAGAGCCUGUAGCAGAAGGUGCCACUGCACGAGAGGUGUUUAUUGGGUCGAAGAGACUGCCGGAGGAUCACCCAGGAAGCCAAUACAAGUGGCAUGCUGGCGAAAAGGUUCCGCGGUAUCAGGAGGCCGGGAUUAAUAAUUAA